UUACUCUUGAAAGUUACGUUCGUAGAAUUUGACCUAGCAGAAAAUGUCUGGCCGUGGGAAAGGUGGUAAAGGUCUUGGCAAAGGGGGUGCAAAAAGGCAUCGCAAAGUGUUAAGAGAUAACAUCCAAGGAAUCACCAAACCUGCAAUUAGGCGUUUGGCAAGACGUGGCGGUGUAAAGCGUAUCUCGGGCCUCAUCUAUGAGGAGACAAGAGGAGUACUUAAAGUUUUCUUGGAAAAUGUUAUUCGAGAUGCAGUUACCUAUACUGAGCAUGCAAAAAGGAAAACUGUCACUGCCAUGGAUGUCGUUUAUGCGUUAAAGAGACAGGGACGUACACUUUACGGAUUUGGUGGUUAGAGACCUCUACUUUCCCC